AUGAUUUGGUAUCUGUUGUAUCCGUUUCGAGGAACUACAGAACCACCUCAGCUCGACAAUAAACACCCUCUCCGAGCAGCCUUCACUCGCUAUGGCAACUACUCGGCACGCCAUCCGGUCAUCACUCUUUUAAUAUCGGUAGCUACGGCUGCAAUUUUAAUAUACCCAUUUCCAUUUCUAUACACCAAUAAUUUCACCAGUGGCGCCUCGAACCUUCCGCAUCAUGUCUGGACAUCUGCGCAACCAUUUGAGGGCGUUCCGAGUACCCGCCCUGACGUUGUCAUGCGAUCGAUAUGGGUACACGGCAGUUACAUGAAGGCAUUGGAGCCAGAGGUCCUGUUGCGCGCGCUGGAGAUACAAGAUGAAUUAUUGGGACCAACCGUCAACUUCGAUCCAAGAAGGCCUCCAGAACUACGGCUUACUAUCAACGCAAGUGCGAGCUUGACACCAGAUAUGCGAGAUGUUUUCCAUGCUGUCAAUGGUGUGAGCGAUUCGUCCUGGUUCUUCCAUUCUCCAUUACAAUAUUGGUCCUGCGACAAUGCAAAUAUUAUACAAGACAAGGACAUAAUUUCGACAGUCAAUAAACGAUCCCGCCAAUCAACUUCUGUCAACGUAACUCUCCGGCAUUCAAUAGUUUUCAGUGGGAAACGUUUCGAAGAUCACCGCUUGGUUGCCGCCGAUGCACUGGUGAUCACGCUCGUACAUAUGUUGGACUCUCCCGUAGGAAGGCAAUGGGAACAGAAAGCGGAAGCACUUGCUCGAAAACGAAUUGAUAAGUGGCGCCUCUACCCCCAAAAUGGACGAUCAGCUACAAACACUUUAUACGAGUUUCGAUUCCAGCCACUCUCUUUCCAGGAUGACCUGUUUCUCGGCGUAAUUUAUAGUUCAAUCGUGGUUUACUUCUUCAUCAGCCUCUCGAAACUACGGGCGUUGAAAUCUCGACUAGGGCUUAUAGUUGCAGUGACGGCUCAGAUCGCAGUGUCCAUCAUGUCCAGUUUCACUAUUUGCGCCAUUUUCAAGAUCGACCUUUCAAAAAUCCCGCGUGAGGCCUACCCACUGGUCAUUCUCACGGUUGGACUCGAGAACAUUUUUAGACUAAUCAACGCCGUUAUUGUCACGCCGUCGUCAAACUUAACUGCUUCGAGAAUCGGGGAAGCCCUUGGUCAGACGGGGCAUGUGGCGCUCGCAGGUGUCAGUCAAAACCUUGUGAUUCUGUGGAUGCUGUCGAAAUAUGUCUCGCCACAGAUCCAUGCCUUCUGCACCUUUGCAGCCAUUGCACUGUCAUUCGACUUCUUUUACUUAUUGACGUUCUUCACUGCCGUUUUGAGUGUGGACGUUCGAAGAACGGAACUUAGCGAUUCGCUGAACAGAGUAGCAAGCCUUAGCAGACCGGCGUCACCACAGCAGCAACCUAAACAAACUUGGAUAGAUGCCAUGUGGAAAGGAGAGGCCGCAUUCUCUACGCGCAUCGCUGGGACCGUUGUCAUGACUGGCUUCAUUUUGAUUGCCCAGUGGCACUUUUUCGAUAACGAGAGUCUGGGUCAAACUGCUCACCGAGUAGUGCACCUUCUGAAGUCACAGCCACAGCCCCCUCGAUCCGCUCAAUCGGCAAUGCUUUCCGUUGACAUCCACCAGGCAAGGACUCCCACAGCUUGGCUUCGAAUGCAAGAUCAUGAAACAGCGCAUGAAGUGAUCAAGGUUGUCAAACCAAAUGCGAAUAGCUAUAUUGCUCGUGUUUAUGACCCGCUUGUGAUCGUGCUAAAUGGAUCAGACCGGACGCCGACCCCAUUUGGGGUACGCCCAUUCUUGCCUGCUGCCUACGACUUCGCAAGAAAUCAGUUCGGCGUCUUCCUAAUAACAGUCAUCGUCACUGUUGCGGCGGUAUCGAUUUUGAUGAACUAUCUUCUAUGGGACGAAUCAUCUGAGAAUGAGAGCCAUAAUCGCCCAGAUGAUGAGCCCCUUUUGUCCGUCAAAAACCUCCAUAGUGGCCACAGCCUCGAUGUUGUGCUUUUGUCGGCUUCGCGAGAUGGAAUUAUUGCUUCUGUUGGCUUGGAUAGGCUAAUCCGUAUAUGGGAUGUCCGAAGAGGCGUGAUGGGCUACAUUGUUCAGGAUUUCGAGUCUCGAAUCGACCUAUUUCCGGUAUUAGCCAUUGCCAUUGAUGGUGACUCAAAUUGGUUGGCACUUCUCUCUGGCAAAGAUCGUGUCUACCUAUGGAACAUUCCUGAAAGGCGCUGGGGUCCCUCCAUGGAAGUGGCAGUGAACGGGCGCAAACCUAUCUCAUUUUGCUUUGGGUAUGACAGUACGGAAUUCAUCAACCCGCUUCUCGUCAUUCGAUCCAAUGGAAAAAUGACUGAGCUUCACGCGGAGAGCAACGAGAGUGUAGAGGUAUCGAUCUGUCGCAGUCCUUUGGUUUGUGUUCGACAACAUUCCGAAAAGCCAAUUGCAUCUAUGCCAAAACCGCCUGAUCGUAUUGUCACGUCUUCGAGGAAGGGCUGUGUUCACAUAGCUUCUCAGCUCGAGACUGGCUGGGUGUCCGAUUCUGUUGACAUUCCCUGUCCACCAGGAGACCAAGCAAUUACCUCAGUCCUACCGCUGCCAGCUCUUAGCUCUUUCCUCGCGGCCAGGACACGUUCCGUUGAUCUUGUUGACAUCACCACCCAUAAGGUCACUCAUACCUUCACCACGUCGCCCAUGAAGCCAGAGUCCCUCCGCUGCUUUCACUCGACUCGCCGAAGGCCACAAUGCGGCUCAGUAGGUUUGGCAAGCCUUGUGAUUGCAUACACAAAUGCAGAAACAGGCAAUGUUAUUCUUCAAUCAUAUCUCCCAGAACGAGACGGUGACACAAUAUGUUUCCGAGAUCCUUACACGCCCGGAAGCAAAACCUGUUGUUUGUGGAGAGAAACGGUCGAACAAAGGUACGAGAUCGAGAACCCGGGCGAGUGGGACGCAUUGAAUGCUGGCUACCUUGUCGGAGUCAGAAAGCGCGAAUCGUCAUCGGCGAAAGCAGACCCUUUUCCAAUCGCCAACACUGGUCUACGUCGUCGUGGAGGCAACUUACCUCGGCCGCUCACGAUAAGGAAAGAUACUUCAAUAGUGGAAGACGAUGUGUGGGAAGUGUGGUCAAUAUCUGCUCGCGGUGAGAGAACAACUACACCACUAUGUGGAUAUGCUGAGAACGAUCAUCUCCUUGUUCCUGGUCUGGGUCCUGUGCAUAAGAUGGGAAGUAGCUCUAUUGUUGUUGGGCUCGGCAAUGUGAUCAAGGUUAUCUCGGUCGGAAACGACAAAUUCGACGGUGGAGAGAAUUCAGCCGAUAAUGCUCUAUUCGUCGGCAUGGCAGCCGCGACAACGAGCAGGCGGAAAAAGACUUCUCUGAGCUCUAAGAAAAGUUAUUGA